CUCGUAAUACAGUGGCUUUUCGAUUGAAAGUUUAAUUUUGAAUUUUAUUCUUCACUUGCCAAUUGUACAGACGAGAUGUUGCAAGAACUUUUUGUAAUUACUCUCUUGGCUUUAGCCAUGGGUGAGGAGAAUCCACAAUAUGAAAUAUGCGAAUCCACGAUGGGAAGUGUUUUGGCCUUUUCAGUAUCCGGCACCGAAGUUAAGGAUGGAAAAUGUAUUUUGAAGAAAAAUACCACGAUCACAGCUAAUGUUACUUUUAAAACGAACCAGGAAGUUAAGGAUGCAACAGUUGCUGGAAAAGGAAUGUAUGGUAAUAUUCCAUUUUCAUUUCCAUUGAAUAAGCCGAAAAUAUGCGAGGUUUUGAAAUGUCCACUUGAAAAAAAUGUGCCCUACAAUGUGGAAGAAUCGCAUAAAUUUAGUCUCAGUUUUUUCACGGGUGAUAUCACCGUCUACAUCAAAAUAAUUGAUACGUAUAGUAAUGCAACUAUAGCUUGUGUUGAUUUUCAAGCGGAAAUAGUCCGUGAGUGAUGUCUCUAUUGAAGAAAAAAGUCAUAUUUCAAAAGUUUAUCUUAUACUUUGCUUAAAAUUUCUUAUACAUGCAGAUGUCAAAGUAAAAUAGUGGCUACAAAACCUUGGAUUCUUGAGCAAUAAACAUAUAUAAAAGA